AACACAGCGUAGAAAGAAAGCGAUUGAAUUUUUUUUUUUAUGAAAUAAACAAAUACAUAAUUUUUAAAAAUAGAUAUAAAAUGGAAACUAUACUAGAAAAAGGAUUCAGCAAAGCUGAUACUGAAACAUUACCAAAAAUAUCAAGUGAAAUGAUUGUAACUUAUGUAACAAAAUUGGCGGAUAAAGGAUUGAAGCCAGUUACAACGAAGGAUAAAUUAGAUGAAAGAAAAUUCAAAGUGGAUUUUGUUCAAGUAAAAAGAACAAAAAAUUUAUGUGAACUAAAAGGAACAUAUUUUAACCCGGAAGAUAUAGAAGAAAAAUUUCAAGUAUUUUUAAUUUUGAAUGAAAAUAAAAAUGAGGUAACGAGCGCUAAAUGUGAGGAAUGUAAUCAAGAAACAGGUCCGUGUGAGCAUGCCAUAUCAUUUUUGUUUUGGGUUCACAGGAGGUCCGCAGAUAAAGAAUACAAAGUGUAUUGGUCUUCUGAUAAAGAUAACGAAGAAGUAAUUGAAUCCACUGAUGUUAUGGACGACGAUCAGUAUCUUCCUGCAGUACAAAUAAAGCAAAUCUUUAUGGAUGAAAGUAUAUUGGAAAAUGAGGAAAUUGAAGAUUUCACAGAAGAAGAUGGAGAUUUAUUCUUAAAAAAUGUUUUAGAUGAAAUGGAACGCAUAGGACUUACUGAGUCGGCCUUAUAUAAACAUUGCCGCCCAUCGAUAGAUGAAUUUGAACCAAUCUAUAUCCAUCAUACAAUGCUUGAUAAUGCGAAUCAUUAUGUAAAAGACUUUAAAUCAUUUGUUUUUCAUAUGGAAAGUCAGGGAAGUGAAGCAUUUGAAAAAUUAUCCGAAGUAUCAAUUGAUAAUUAUAAAAAACCAAUUUGGAUGGAAACUCAAUAUGGGCGCAUAAGAUGUUCAUUAAUGCAUCGAAUUUCAACUCGAAUUGAUGUAAGUCAAGAUGAAGCCAUUAUUGAUUCUAUAUUGUGUCAAAAUCGUGAAUGGAACAUUGAAGAAAAAAAACAAUUAAAAGAACAUAAACGUUUCAUAUUGAAGCAGACUGAAAAAUUAGAAAAUAAAUUGUAUAGAAAAUGCGGUUUACUGUUAAGUGAAAGUUAUCCGUAUAUUUGUGCGUCACCAGACGGUGUAACUGAUGAUCAUGUUGUUGAAAUUAAAGCACCAAAAACGGAUGAAGAAUUCGAAAAAUAUUUAGUUGGGAAGGAAACUAUUGCACCUAAAUAUAUGGCACAAAUUCAAAUCCAAAUGUAUUUGGCAAAUGUUACAAAAGCUCUGUAUUGUGUUUUAAGUCCAUCAUUUGAUACAAAUGGUGCACUGCAUUAUGUUUGGGUACAAGCAGAUAUGGAAAUGGUUGCAAGUUUAUUAAGCCACGCCGAAGAUUAUUGGAAAGAUGUUGUUUUUCCGAAAUUAAAAAAAAUCUAUAUGGACGAAUAAAUUUUAAGUUUUAAACUUUUCAAUAUAAUUAUUUUUAAACAAAAUUUAGCAUGGCUUUUAACUAUAAAUGACUAAAUUUUUUAAUUUCUUUUAUACAUUUAUAGUAUAGUUAAUAAUUAGGUAUAAAGUAUGAGAGUAUGUAAUUGAAAUAGUUUUUUUUUUCGACAAAUAAA